GCAAAAUUUCCAGUAGAAAAUAAUAUUAAGGAAGAUAGUCGGUAUAAGCCAAAAAUACAAUACAAUAAUAAGGAUAAUCAGUUUAGAAAUAAGAAACGGAAUAAUCAGGAUGAUAGUGAAGAUAUACCAAUUUAUUUAAAGAAAAGACAAGGAGACUAUAUUGAGUCUUUAGAAAAUAUAACAAUGACUCCCGACUACGACUUAGUAAGUGAAAUAGAUGAAAAUACUACUACUUUGUUCAUAUUACAAUCUUCAGAAAUAACAAGAGCUGAACCAAUAAACGAAAUACAAAAACAAAAUUUGUUUAAUAAGGCAGACAAAUUACUGCAAAGUGAGACUCCAUUAGUGAUACAACUCACCGAUAGUUUUUCAAGUAAUCACUUAGAAAGUACUAAGACCCUUACUCAAACAGGAGAACCUGUAGGUGCUCAAAUUGAUAUGACAGACAGCAUCGCCCAUAUAGGUAAAGUUAUAGGAGCCGAAAUAGGUAAUUCAGAUGACGUCGAUAACUUAGAUAAUCAGGCAUUUACCCUAAGUGAAGAAAGUGAGGUAUCGCUGCCCUCUGACGAAAAUAAAGAUGCUGAAGAUCUGAAACAGCUAAAUGAAAAUAUUAAACUUGCUGAUAAACUUUUAGCCUCUGGAGAACUUUCAACAGUACAAUCACCUCUAAAAAAAACUAUUUGUUUAAAGACAAUGGAAAUUAAGGCAAAAAAUAAAAAAACCUAUUCUAAGGUCCUAACAUGUAAAGUAAUGACAGAAAAACCCACAAAUUCAGCAUUUAAGAAUAACAGGAAAGUUCGAGAAUUGAAAGAUGGAAAUAAAAUGCAAGUAAAAAAGAAGAAAAAAGCAGGAGCUAAAGAAUCACAUAUAUUUGGCUCGGAAGAAAACUUAGCUCACCUAGUCUCUAUAAAUGAUUUGCGCAAGGAGCACUUAAUAGGAGAAAGAAAAAAACGUGAAACUAAUUACGGUGACGGUUACGAUGACGCAAAAGAAAGAGCAGCAUCUUUUAUGAUAGAUCUAUUUUAUCUAUGCAAUCACUGUUCAAAUGUUAGGCUUAUACCAAUUUCUACUUCGCCUAAACCUUACUGGAAAACCAACAAAAUAGAAGUUAAGUUAUUUGAAAAAGAAGAUCUUAUAUACAUAUGCAAUCAGUGCCCUGAAUUUAAACCAAAACCUGCACCCGAUACAGGUCAAUAUAAAAUGAAAGAUGUUAAAUUUAUAUGUGAUUCUUGUGAAAAACAACAAAGACCAGAAGUAGAGAGCCAUAAAGUGGAUGAAAAAUACAAACUGAAUCAAUCAGGCGAAGCAAAAGUAACAAAACAUAGCACAGAUAAAUUAAACAAAGAAAGGCAAGAAACAGAAAAAGGACAAACCAAUCAACAAGAAGAAGUAGAAGACAAAGAAACAGAACAAAUUUCUAAAGAACUAGAAACUCGGCAAACAGAAAUAGAAAAGCAAAAGAUAACUAGAAAAAAAAGCGACCAAAUAAGCAUAGAGAAAAUAGAAAAUAAGGAAAAAGAAAAUACAAAGUCAAAAAUACUUGAGUUUACAGAAAAAGGAGAAAAAGAAAAGCAGAACAUAAAGAAACAAAAUAGUGAAGGGCAACUUAGCACCAAAGAAUUAGUAAAAAAUGAACUAGCAGAAGGAAAUCAAUUAGAAAAAAAAAUAGAAACACAAACACAAGGUACAGAAAACGUAGAGCAAUACAGUAAAAAUUCUUUGAUGAGAUAUAAAGAAAAAAAAUUAAAUAAAAAAGUAGAAACACAACAAACCCAAACAGAAGAACAAAAUAUACACGGAACAAAUAUCGAAAUCGUAGAGCAAUACAGUAAAAAUUCUUUGAUGAGAUAUAAAGAAAAAAAAUUAAAUAAAAAAGUAGAAACACAACAAACCCAAACAGAAGAACAAAAUAUAAACGGAACAAAUAUCGAAAUCCAAUUAACCACAAAUGCACUAGAAACCGAAGACAACGAAAAAAAUACAAACACCGUUAUAAAUGCGGAGAAAGGAAAAGAGAAAAAGCAAAACAUAAACAAGCAAGAUAAAUUAACCACGCUAGUAAAAAAUGAAUUAACAAGAAAUAAACAAUCAAACAAAGAAAUAGAAACUCAAAAUAUAGAAAAUGAAGAGCAAAAUAGAACUAGGCAAUAUAGCAAAUAUCUGAUAAGCACAGGAAAACUAGUGGAACGCGAGGAAAAUAAAAAAACAAAAGCAGUUGAGAUCGGGAAAGAUAAGCAAAAUUUUAAAAAAGUGACAGCAGAAGUAUUUAGCGAAAAAAAUCAAACUCGAAACAUGAAUACGUGUACUAUAAGCGAAAAAUCUAACGCAGAAAAGAAUAAAGUAGAAAUUGAUGUAGAAGAUCAAUAUAUUCAGGAAACGAAAACUAAUAAUGUGGAGGAGGAACAAGAUCAAAAAGAAGUAAAAAAAGAUAAGCUUAUUACGAAGAUCCAGAAAGAAGAAAGACAAGAAGCGCGUAAUCCUAAAAAUAUAAAGCAAAAACAACAAACUAAAGAAGUCAAACUGGGAGAUGAUAUGUUCAGGGUACGAGAAAAACAAAUCCAACAUGAUGCAGAAUCGUACUUUGAAACUAAUAAAAUGAAACAAAAUAUAACAGGUAUUUCAAGUCAAGAACAAAGUAUAGGGUUAGAUCAAAAAUUGCAGCUACAAGAGGAGAAACCGGUAGUUACUGAUAAGUUAAAAACGAGGCUAAAACCCCAUAUUACAUAUCAACAGGGCAAUACAAAAGAACAAAUUAAGCAAGCUUUUAUUAAAAAUCAUGCAUCUGAAAAUAUUGGAAAACAAGAUAAAGAGAAUAUUACAAAAUACCCUUUAAAUCUUAAAACCACGUCGGUAGAUAUGACUGUAAUUAUCGACUCAAUAUAUAACACAGAACAGUAUAAAUACCCAGGAAGCAAAUACAUCUCUUUUAGCAUGGAAGAUGCAAUAUAUUUGUGUGACUUUUGUUUGCAGCAUGAUAGGACCCAAAAAAAAAUAAUACCCUUAGGAGAAAUGCAAUCUUCUUUGCGAGAUAUUAAAACAGAAGCGUUAGAGCCAGAAUACGUAGAUUUUUUUGAUUUUACUAAAACAUCUGUUAGCAUGGCUAGUAAUCAUGGAGAAAUUACAUCGAAUAUAACGAAAAUGACUGACUUACAAAAACCUUCAAAUUCGCAAACAGCUGCUUUACUAGCACCCUUAGCCAAGCUUGUUUUAGGUAAUAAUGAAUUGAAAGGAUUGUUUGAAGGACAAAACUUUAAUCCAACAGUAACAAUGCCCAUUGAAACACCAUCACUUACCACAAUGAACAUAACUUUAUAUAUCGUAGGAGCUACAAGGACAGUAGCUGAAUUUGAUGAUUACGAACAAGAAUUUAUUAAACCUAUAAUUACUGCUAAAUUUGAAAAUGGCUCUCAAAUUGACAUUAAAAAUGAAUCACAGUUAGAUGCCAUUAAAGAUUGGUAUACUUGGCUUUUUUCUACCGAAUUACCCAAAGUAAAAGAAGAACAGGAAACACUGUUAUCUGCCAGUAAAAAUAAAGGGCAAGAGUAUCUUAAACAAAAACUGGGUACCCAAAAUGGGCUCAGAAUAAUCACCCUAAUGAGCUCGAAUCAAGAAAAAACCAAGGUUUUAACUGGAAAAGGAUUCGAAGUAUUAGAGAGAAAUAAACAGCUAAAUAGUAUAAAAGAAAAGCAAUCAAAAAGUAGUCAAUUAUCAUUAGAAUCUUUGGAACCCGAAAUCUUGGAAGACAGAGAAUUAACGUCAAAAGGAAAAAAUUGGCAAACAAAGGAGGAAGUUAUAUUUGAGGCAAAUGAUCAGAUGAGUGAUUUCUUUUAUAUUUGCGAUCAAUGUGAAACUAUCGAAAUGACUAGGUUAAAAUAUGAAACUGGCGUGGAAAAAAAUAAAUAUUUGGUAUUUACCAGAAUAGAGCAAGAAAAAAAAGAGGAGGAUAAAACGAAAAAAUCACUAGAAACUAAAGCUAAUUUCAGUAAUGCAAAAUAUGGCACCGAAAAAAUAUCUAGUGAGACUGCAAAACAACUCGAAAAAACAAACACAGAAUUAACAAAAAAAGAAGGAAGCGUGUAUGAAACACUUACUAGUAAAUAUGAAGAACUUCCAGAUAUAGAAAAAACUACAAUGAGAAAAGAAAAAAGUAUUAUUGAAGAACUUCGGGAAAAAGCAAAAACGACGAGACAAGACGAAAAUAAAAAUGAAAAUCAAGCAAAAAAAAUAAAUAGAACUUCAUUCAAACUUUCAUCUUCAAUUCAAGCAAAAGAUAAAGAAAGUAGCAAGAAAGGAAAAGAACAAAGUAUGAAUAAAGAACUUAAGAAGAAAACGACGGCGCGACGAGAUGAAAAUGAAGAGGAAGAGGAAAUGAAAGAAAUAAGUAGAAUCCUGUUAGAAAAUUUAUCUUUAAUUCAAGGAGAAAAAAAAGAAAACGAAAAUCGUGUGAAUGAAGAAUACCAACAAAAUGAAGAAACUACUUAUCUAGAAAAAGAAACUAGUAAUAUAGAAAAAACACAAAGUUUGAAUGAAGAACUUCAAGAAAAAGAAGAAAUAACGGUGAGGCAAAAUGAAAACAAGAAAGAAAAUGAAACAAAAGAAAUAAUUAGAACCUCAAUUGAGCAACUAUAUUCAAUUGAGAAAAAAAACAAAGUAAAAGAACAAAGUGUAAGCGAAGAACUUCAAGAAAAGACAGAAACUACGUUAAAAGAAAAUAAAAACAAAGAAGAAACGCAAAUACGUAAAAUAUCGUUAGAAUUUCCAUCUUCAGUUAAAGAAGAAAAGAAUGAAGGAGAAGUAAGCAACACAACAGAAAAAAAUGUGGAUGAAGAACUUCAAGAAAAAGAAGAAACGACAGUAAGAGAAGAUGAAAGUAAUACAGAAAUUGAUACAAGACAAAUAACUAUAAUCUCAUCCGAACUUCCACCUUUAAUUCAAGAAGAAGAGGAAGAAAAACAAGUGAGUAAUGGCGAAAAAGAACGCAGUAUUGAUAAAGAAAUUCGAGAAAAAGAAGAAAAGGGAACCAAAGAAAUAAAUAGAAUCUCAUCUAAACUUUCGUUUUUAUUCCAAGAAGAAGAAAAAAAUACAGUCAAUAGUAACAAUGAAGAAAGUUUGAAUAAAAAAAUUGGAAAAAAAGAAAAAACUAAUAAUUUUAAUAAAAUAAAUGAAGAACAACAGCAAAAUGUAACUGCGGUAAACGAAGAAAAAGAACUAAAUGCACCAGAAGAAAUAAAUAGAACCUUAUCAGAACAUUCAUCUGUAGGUCAAAAAGAAGAGAAAGAAAAUGAAAAUGGUAUGAAUGAAGAAUACCAACAAACUGACGAAACUACUUAUCUAAAAAAAAAUAAGGAAAAGCAACUUCAAAAAGGAACUAUGGUUAGACAAGAUCUAAGCAAAGAAGAAAUGCAAACAAAAGAAAAAGCUAAUACCUCAAUAAAACUUUCUUCAAUAAUUCAAGAAGAAGAGAAAGAAACUAGUGAAAUAGAAAAAACACAAAGUUUGAAUGAAGACCUUGAAGAAAAAGAAGAAAUAACGAUGAAGCAAAAUGAAAACAAGAAAGAAAAUGAAACAAGAGAAACAAUUAGAACCUCACUCGAGCAACUAUAUUCAAUUAAAAAAAAUAACAAAUUAAAAGAACAAAGUAUAAGCAAAGAACUUCAAGAAAAGAAAGAAACUACGGUUAAAGAAAAUAAAAACAAAGAAGAAACGCAAAUGCGAAAAAUAUCGUUAAAAUUUCCAUCUUCAGUUGAAGAAGAAAUGGAUGAAGGAGAAGUAAGCAAGAGAGAAACAGAAAAAAAUAUUGAUAAAGAACUUCAAGAAAAAAAAGAAACGACAUUAAGAGAAGAUGAAAACAAUACAGAAAUUCAAACAAGAGAAAUAACUAUAAUCUCAUCAGAACUUCCAUCUUUAAUUCAAGAAGAAGAGGAAGAAAAACAAGUGAGUAAUGGAGAAAAAGAACACAGUAUUGAUGAAGAAUUUCGAGAAAAAGGAGGAAAGGGAACAAAAGAAAUAAAUAAAACCUCAUCUGAAUUUUCGUCUUUAUUCCAAGACGAAGAAAAAAAAACAGUCAAUAGUAACGAUGAAGGAAGUUUGAAUAAAAAAAUUGGAAAAAAAGAUGAAACCAAUAAUUUUAAUAAAGUAAAUGAGAAACAACUACGCAAAGAAACUGCGAUAAAUCAAGAUAAAGAUAAAGAGCUUAAUGCACCAGAAGAAAUAACUAGAACCUUAUCAAAAUAUUCAUCUUUAAUUCAAAAAAAAGAGAAAGAAAAUGAAAUAAGCAAUAAAGAAGACUCUCUAUUUGGAACGUAUACACAAUUUAUUCCUCAACUGUUCUCCAUAGCAGAAAAUAAUUCAAAAAAUAUAUUUUCUGCAGAUAGACCAUAUAAAAUUAUCUAUAAGACUUCUGAAACUGAAAUCAAAAGUAAUACUUUAGAGUCGCAAAGUUUACCCGUUGAUGCUCCUGAGACAAUGCUUCAACCUGAAAUAUUGGAAAUCGGAAGUCCUUUUAAAUCCAUUGCUGUAGAAGUAAUAGAAAAUAAACAAUUAGACUAUUUAGAUAAGGAAAAACAAAUAAGAAGGGACCACAUCCUAACAAAUAAAGACGGACGUCAAAAGGAAAAAAAUGGUGAAGAAGUAUACGUACAACAAGAAGAGGAAGCGAAAACCAACUAUGAGAAUAUGAAAAAAGAGAAAAAACCAACAUACAAAAACGGAAAAGAGCCUGGUGGAGAAAAAGAUCAGGAAGAAGGAAAAGAUAGAAAUAAACAACAAAAAUAUUACCAAUAUCAAGAGCAAGAAGAGAAAAACUUGAUUUUUUCAUCUUUAAAACCGAUUGAGGUACCCAGUGCAGAAAUAGAUAUUAAGGAGAAGCAACAAAAAAUAGAAGAAAAUAGGCAAAAAAAAAUUUCACACCUUGAUAAAGAUUUAUAUAAUAAAAAAGGAAAAACUAAUUACCUGAAAAAACAAACAUCUGCCGAACUAUCUAGCCAGGUUCAAACGGUCGAAGAAGAGGCAUAUGAAACAACUUAUAGGAUUCCUGAAGAGAUAGAUGAAGAAGAACAAGAGACUUUUCAAGAAACGAGAAGAUCCAUCCCCAAUAAGUUUAAUAAAGAGCUCUAUAAUUUAAAUCUAAAUAAAACUGAGUCGACAAAAAAUUUCUUGCCUACGUCUUUAAAAAAAGAACAGAGACAAACAAAUAUAGAAGAAAAAAUAACUACUGAAAAUUUUAAAUUAUUUGAAAGUGAAAUGUCUAUAGAAUCUACAAUGAAAUCUCGUAACCAACCAAUAACAUAUUUAGAUGGAAAAAAGGAAUCUAUAGAGCAAUUGCAAACACAAGGAGAGGAAACGGUAACAAUUUUUAAAGAAAAUACCUCUUUUGGCGAAAAAGGUGAAUUUUCGGAAAGAGCUAAAGGAGAUGGAUUUUCGACAAAAAAUAUGCAAAUAUUUUCUUUAUCCCCAAAAAAGAAAAUGACAUUACCUUUAGAGGAACAAGAAGAAAACUCAGAAACGAAUAGCGAAGAAAAUAGUACAUCAGAGCAUCCUAAAGACAAAAUGAAACCAUUUCAUGAAGCCACAAAAUUAAAAGAAGGAAAAGUGAUUGCUGCAUCCAAGAGUCCGAAUGGAGGAGUCACUUUUAAAGAAAGAGAACAACAGCUAUCUGAAUCAAACUUAGAAGAAGAAGUAGAAAAUACAAUAGAAAAUUUAGAUUCUAUAGUAACAUAUUCCAAGGAAAUAAACUUAGUUACAGAUCUGAUUGAAAAUGAAGAAACAGAAAUUCAAAAUUUCACAUUAAAUAAAAAAGAAAAUGAAAAUCUAUCGGUGUUGGAGACAAAAAAAGAAAAACAAAAAAAUAAAAAACAUACAAAAAAGCUGACGAGAAAGUAUGUGGAAGAACAAGAAAUAACAUCUUUAAAAGAACCAUCUAUAGGAUUACACGAAAAAAAAAUUAAGACUCUAUUAACAGAGUUAUUUACUAAAAAAAACGAAACAGAAAUUACAACAGAAGGUUUUGAAAAAAUAACUUCGUAUAAACAAAAAAAGCACUCUACAGACUUUCAACAAGAAAAAAAAGAACAACUUCCAGAAUCGGAACAUCCACGAAAAAUAAAAAUUGUAGCCAAAAUUUCUGAAGAAUUUAAGCACGUUUCGAAUUUUAAGAUAGAUACAGAGGCAGAGACUCGUAGAGAGUCCUUAAAAUCUGAAGAAAUAUAUCAUGAAGAAAAAACGGAAGCACUAACAGACUACGCAGAAGAAAAACAUUUCUAUGUAAAAGGGCAAGAAUAUACAGAACUACUGCAACAAGAGAAAAAACAAAAAGAAAAUAUAAAAAUUACAUUGUUAAGAGAAAACGGACUACCUACAAAAUUGGGAGACGAAAAAAGUGAAUUAAAAUAUUUCGAAGAAAAAAUAUCUUUUAGUGAAAGUGGACAACCUUCAGAUUUAGUUUCCGAAACAGAAAAAAUAUUUUCUACUGAAACAAUAACAAAAUAUAAAGAAAAUAUACAUGAACCUGACUGGGGUAUAUCCUCACUGGAACCAAGUGAAAAAGAUCAAAGUAUUGAAAAAGAUCAAUACGAAGAUUCCCAACCUAAGUCUUUAACUGAAGAAUUAGAAAUUUCAAGUUUUAAAGGGGAAAGUUUUGAAAGAAUACAAGAACCAAACGUCAAAGAAAAUGAAAAUAAAUGGGAAACUGCUUGGACUUAUUUUUCUUUGGGACCCUUCAAAACAUCAAAUGAGGAACAAGAUAUUGGAGAUGGAAUAAAGAACACUAAUGAAAAAAUUACAAAAUCAAGUGGUCAAGUAAAGCCAGUUGAAGUACCAAAUAAAAAAAAUAAAGAAAUAAAAAAUACACAUUUGACAAUUAAUAAGACCAAAAGUUUAAAAGCCAUAACUACUCAAUACUAUGGACAAAAACAAAAACCCGAUUGGACUUUUUUUUCUUUAGGUUCAGGUCAGAUAUCUAAUGAAAAAGUCUUUGAGGAGAAAAAAAAAGAAAGAAUUAGAAAAAAUAAUACAGUAACUACAAUUGAUUUCACUUUAGGCUGGGAAGAGGAAGAAAGACAGAAUGAACAAAAUGAAGACGAAUUUGUCUUUGGAUUGCAAACUCAAAUUAAUAGGAUUUCUCAAAAUACUCGAGAAGAAGAAAUCAAAAGUUUAGUAGAGAAGCCAGAUGCUAAAACACAGCAUGUUAUUGAAAAGUGGUAUUAUUCCAAUUCUAACAUUAGUAGUCCAGGACUAACCGCAUCUAUCGGUUAUAAUGAAGAACUUAACACUUUGUUGGAAGAAAUAUCUAUGGAGAAUAAAGGUUAUUUAAUUACUACUGAGAAAACGCUUCACCCAUUAAAUAAGGAGUUUCAAAAACUAUUUUCAUUAAAUGAAGCUAAAACGACAAAAAAGAUAAUUCAUAAAACACAACCUUACAUAAUUUUACCGAAAUAUUUUUCGAGCUAUAUACACGCUUCUAAUGUCGAUAAUGAAUCGUUAGGAAAUGAAGGAGGACCGCCACCAAAAGAAAUAACUUCUGUAGAACAUACAAGCGAAGCUGUAGCAUUGCUAGAUAAAGCACAAGAAAUAACAGUUCCUACAAAAAUAUUCGAAAAUAAUAUAUCAUUUAAAAGCACUGAGGGUGAAGGUGAAGAGGAAGAAGAAAUAGAAGAAAAAAGUACAUCAGAAAAUCCCAAAGAGAAAUUAUUAUCCUUUAAUAAAAAAGAACAACCGUUUGAAUUAGAAGAAAAAAAGAAAACAAAAACUAUCGCGACGUACGACUUACAAGCCGAAAUCUUAACACAAACCCUUGAAAAAAUAACUUCGUACAAAAAACAAAAAGAAAAUACGAAAGUAUUGGAGGAAAAAAAAGAGAUGAACGUCGAGAAAGAAGUGGAAAAAAAACACGAAGAGCUAAAUAAGAAAGAACAAAACAAAUAUGUCGAAGAAAAAACAGUAGAAAAUCCUAAAGAAAAAACAACAUUUUUAAAACAAAAAGAACAAAUGCUAUCUUUAACAGAAAUCCGUAAGAGAAUAACUUUAAAUAGAGAUGAAAAAGGAAGUACAAAAAUAAUGGACGAAAAAGAAGCAAAAGACAAAGGCGAAGAGGAAAAAAAUGAAGGAGAAAAGAUGCCAAAUAUAGUAGAAUAUUCCACAGAUGAAGCAAUGUCCAAUGACAAAAUAAACUAUGGUAAUGAAUUGGAGGAAACAGAGAAAUAUACUAUAAAAACAAUAUUAGUAACAGAAAAACAGUCUGAAGACUUACAGGAGAAAGGAAAAGAAAAAGAGAACACAAACGUCGAGGAAACAGAAUUUGAAUAUCUUAAUGAAAAUAUUACACUUUUUAAUGAAAAUCCUACCACAGUGGUGUUAAAUAAAGAUCAAGAGGAAAAUUUAACAAAAUUGUUUGAAAAACUUACUUUAUAUAAAGAAAGCACGGAAAAUACAAAACUGAUGAAUGUAAAUGAUAAAGAAAAGGAAAAUGAUGAACAACAGGAACAAAUAAAUAAAGAUCAGGUACAAAAUGAAGUCGAAUAUCCGAACGCAAAGAACUUUUCUAAAGAACUAGAGGAAGACAAAGAAAGAUAUACUAGGGACACGAUAUUAAUAAAAGAAAAACAAUAUGAUGAAGGAUAUCAGAGUACAAAUGUCGAAAAAGAAGAAGGAGAUUUACAGUAUAGAACAUAUUUGAAAGAAAAAGAGCAAUAUACAAAAAAAAACAAAAAUACAAAAAUUGCAAAAACAAAUCCAGAAGAGGAAAUAUAUGUUGAAGAAAUAGAAGAGCACAGUAAAAUAGGAAAAGUAGCUAAUACAGGAACUAAGCCAGAACAUUUCAAUCUAAAAAUAUCAUCUUUUAAUAAAACAGAACCCAUUACAGACCUUUUAAAUGAGGAAAAACAAGCGAAAACUUCAACAACAUCAUCAAAUAUAGUACAAGACAGAAAGAAAGAACAUAUAAAUAAAGGUUAUUUAAUUACUACUGAGAAAACGCUUCACCCAUUAAAUAAGGAGUUUCAAAAACUAUUUUCAUUAAAUGAAGCUAAAACGACAAAAAAGAUAAUUCAUAAAACACAACCUUACAUAAUUUUACCGAAAUAUUUUUCGAGCUAUAUACACGCUUCUAAUGUCGAUAAUGAAGCGUUAGAAAAUGAAGGAGGACCGCCACCAAAAGAAAUAACUUCUGUAGAACAUACAAGCGAAACUGUAGCAUUGCUAGAUAAAGCACAACAAAUAACGGUUCCUACAAAAAUAUUCGAAAAUAAUAUAUCAUUUAAAAGCACUGAGGGUGAAGGUGAAGAGGAAGAAGAAAUAGAAGAAAAAAGUACAUCAGAAAAUCCCAAAGAGAAAUUAUUAUCCUUUAAUAAAAAAGAACAACCGUUUGAAUUAGAAGAAAAAAAGAAAACAAAAACUAUCGCGACGUACGACUUACAAGCCGAAACCUUAACACAAACCCUUGAAAAAAUAACUUCGUACAAAAAACAAAAAGAAAAUACGAAAGUAUUGGAGGAAAAAAAAGAGAUGAACGUCGAGAAAGAAGUGGAAAAAAAACACGAAGAGCUAAAUAAGAAAGAACAAAACAAAUAUGUCGAAGAAAAAACAGUAGAAAAUCCUAAAGAAAAAACAACAUUUUUAAAACAAAAAGAAAAAAUGCUAUCUUUAACAGAAAUCCGUAAGAGAAUAACUUUAAAUAGAGAUGAAAAAGGAAGUACAAAAAUAAUGGACGAAAAAGAAGCAAAAGACAAAGGCGAAGAGGAAAAAAAUGAAGGAGAAAAGAUGCCAAAUAUAGUAGAAUAUUCCACAGAUGAAGCAAUGUCCAAUGACAAAAUAAACUAUGGUAAUGAAUUGGAGGAAACAGAGAAAUAUACUAUAAAAACAAUAUUAGUAACAGAAAAACAGUCUGAAGACUUACAGGAGAAAGGAAAAGAAAAAGAAAACACAAACGUCGAGGACACAGAAUUUGAAUAUCUUAAUGAAAAUAUUACACUUUUUAAUGAAAAUCUGACCACAGUGGUGUUAAAUAAAGAUCAAGAGGAAAAUUUAACAAAAUUGUUUGAAAAACUUACUUUAUAUAAAGAAAGAACGGAAAAUACAAAACUGAUGAAUGUAAAUGAUAAAGAAAAGGAAAAUGAUGAACAACAGGAACAAAUAAAUAAAGAUCAGGUACAAAAUGAAGUCGAAUAUCCGAACGCAAAGAACUUUUCUAAAGAACUAGAGGAAGACAAAGAAAGAUAUACUAGGGACACGAUAUUAAUAAAAGAAAAACAAUAUGAUGAAGGAUAUCAGAGUACAAAUGUCGAAAAAGAAGAAAGAGAUUUAGAGUAUAGAACAUAUUUGAAAGAAAAAGAGCAAUAUACAAAAAAAAACAAAAAUACAAAAAUUGCAAAAACAAAUCCAGAAGAGGAAAUAUAUGUUGAAGAAAUAGAAGAGCACAGUAAAAUAGGAAAAGUAGCUAAUACAGGAACUAAGCCAGAACAUUUCAAUCUAAAAAUAUCAUCUUUUAAUAAAACAGAACCCAUUACAGACCUUUUAAAUGAGGAAAAACAAACGAAAACUUCAACAACAUCAUCAAAUAUAGUACAAGAAAGAAAGAAAGAACAACAGCAGCAAACAAAAAGAGAACAAGAACAAAAUGAAGAAGAAUAUUUUGAAAAAGAUAUAUCGUAUCAUAAUGCCCUCACAAAACCUGUUAAAGACAAACAAGGACAGGAAUAUCCUAAAGAAAAAGCUACGUUAAAAAAAGAUUAUACAAAAUUAAAAGAAAAAGGGAAAAUAAUAGAAAAUCCCAAAAAAGAUAAAAUUUUUAAAGAAGAAAAAAAAUUCACUAAAUCAAAAAUUAAAAUAAAGGUCAAUAUUGCAACAGGGCAACUUAAAGUUAAUACAGUAUCUUUUGGGCAAAUAAAAAAAGCUACAGAGUUCAGAGAAGAAGAACAAGUAGAAAAAGAUGAAAGUAAAGAGAAAAGUCACAGACAAAAGACACAGACUGCACCAGAAACUUUAUAUGAAAUUGAAGGAGUACCUACGAACGCGCUUUUAGAAGAAGAAGAACUAGAAACUGCGAUAGAAAAUAAUAAAAGCAUAAUAAACAUUACACAGGAAAUAAAAGAAUAUGUCGAACAGAUAGAGAAAAAAGAUGAUGAGAAAAUUAAGAAGACCUCAAAAAACAAAGAAAAAGUAGAAGAAAAUAAUUCCGUGAAUAUAGUAGAAUAUCCCACAGACGAAGUAAUGUCCAAUAAAAAAUACGUUAAUGAAUUAGAGGAGGACACAGAAAGAUAUACUGUAAAUACAAUAUUAAUAACAGAAAAACAGUUUGAAGAUUCACAGAAGAAAAAAAAAGAAAAAGGGAAUACAAACGUCGAGGAAAAAGAAUUUGAAUAUCUUAAAGAAGAUACUACAUUUCUUAAUGAAAAUCUGACUACAGAGCUGUUAAAUAAAGAGCAAGAAAAAAAUUUAACAAAAUCGUUUAAAAAAAUUACUUUACAUAAAGAAAGAACGGAAAAUACCAAACUGAUGAAUGUAAAUGAAACAGAAAAAGCUAAACCAGAACAAAUAAAUAAAGUACAGGUACACAAUAAAGUCGAAUAUCCGAACGCAAAGAAAUUUUCUAAAGAAUUAGAGGGGGAAAAAGAAAGGUAUACUAUGGACACGAUAUUAAUUAAAGAAAAACAACAUGAUGAACGAUAUCGGAGUACAAAUGUCAGACAGAUAGAAAAAAAUAAUGAUGACACAGGUAGGAAGAGCUCAAAAAAUAAAGAAAUAGUAGAAGAUCUUAAUUACGUGAAAACCAUGCAAGAAUAUGGCCGGAAACCUGGCUUGACUUUUUAUUCUUCAAACCCACUGGAAGUAUCAGCGGAAAAACAAGAUAUUGAAAAAAAAGAACAAAAUGAAGAGAGAAAGUCGUCAAGUAAAAAAACAAACUUUUUGAAUAAGGAAAAUAAAUUUAAUCUCAAAAGCACUAAAUUCCUUAUAAAUGGGCAAAAACCUAAAUGGAGUUUUUUUUCUUUGGAACAAAAAGAUGCUCAUGGGAAGAAACAACAAGAGGGAAGUGAAAAAAAUAUUUUUCUAAGUAGCACUGUUUAUGAUUUAGGUUGGGAAGAUAAAGAACGAAAGCAUGAGCAGGAAGAAAAUGAAUUAGAAACUGAAGGAAUGCCUACGAAGGCGCUUUUAGAAGAAGGGGAAAUAGAAACUGCGAUAGAAAAUAAUAAAAGCUUAAUAAACAUUACUCAGGAAUUAAAAGAAUAUGCCGAACAGUUAAAGAAAAAAGAUGAUGAGAAAAAUAAGAAGACCUCAAAAAAUAAAGAAAUAAUAGAAGAAAUUAAUUACGUGAAAACCACCCAAGAACAUGGCCGAGAACCUGAGUGGACUUUUUAUUCUUUAAGCCCACUUGAGGUACCAAUGGUGAAACAAGAUAUUGAAGAGGAAGAACAAAAUGAAGACAAAAAGUCGUCAAUUAAAAAUACAAACUUUCUAAAUGAGGCAAAUAAAUUAAAAGUCAAAAGCACUAAAUUUCACACAAAUUGGCAACAACCUAGAUGGAGUUUUUUUUCUUUGGAACAAAAAGAUAGUCAUGAGGAGAAACAACAAGAGGGACGUGAAAAACAAUUUUUUCUAAGUAGUACUGCUUAUGCUUUAGGAUGGGAAAAUGAAGAACGAAAGCAUGAACAGGAAGAAAAUGAAUUAGAAACAUAUAACUUAAACCAAAUUGGUAGAAGCUUUGAACAGACUCAGGGAAAGAAAAGUGAAGAAAUAGUGCAAUCUCAGGGAAAAAAAAUACAAUCCUCCCAAAAAGUACAAAAAAAUUUACCCUCCGAAAUAAAUGGAUUAAAUUAUUUUUCUGAUGUUACUGAAGCAGGACAUUACACCCAUAUUGGCACUAGUCCAAUCUUAACUAUUUCUAUCCUAUUUAAUAAGGAAAUUAAUACUUUAACGGAGCAAAUUUUUAUCAAGAAUAAGGAUAUAUCGUAUACUACAGAAAAAACACUUCACUUUUUAAAUAAGGAAUUUAAAGAACUGUUUGAGCUCAAUGAAGGAGUUAUAAUAAAUAUAACUAAAGAAACCAAACCAUAUAUAAUUUUAGAACAAUUUUCUUUAAGUAGUGAUAAUGAUAAGAUCUUAGAAAAAGAAGUAGAAAUAGUAGAAAUUUCUACGAAAGAGCCAACGCCUUUCUCUGAAGGAAUGGACAACACAACCGACCUUUUAAAAAAGAUAGAAAAUGAAGAAGAAAAAGAAGAAAAAGAAGGAGAAGAAGAAAAAGAAGAAGAAGAAGAAGAAAAGGAAGGAGAAGAAGAAGAAAAUAUGAAUUUAAAAGAAAAAGAAGAAAAAUAUAAAAAAUUAACCAAAAUUUUUAAAAAAGGAACAUCUUUUGAAACUAUGCAGGAACCCACGCCAGCUGAAAAAACUAUAGCUGACAAUAUCAAACAACAAUUAAGUUUUAAAAAUCUGGAAAAGCCUACUAAAUCAAAUAAAGAAAUGAAGACAAGAGCUACAGAAAAACUUUUUGUAUCUCAGAUAACCUUUUCCAACAAAACAAAAGAGCCAUUUGGAAAAAAUAAAAAAGAAAAAACUAUGGCAGAAACUCUUGAAGAUGAGGAUGAAUAUGAGGAGAAGCAAAAGGAAAGGGGAAAAGAAACGGAAACUAUGAAAUCUUGGGAAAUGAGUACUUUUGAGAUAACUGCAUUAGUGAAAGAAGCUUCUCCUAAUAAAACUGAAAGUGAUUCUGAAUUGUCAGAAGAAGGGCAAAAAGAAAAGGAAACUAUAAUAGAGGAAACGUUAAUGGAUAAGAAAAAGUUGGAAAUCAAAACGGAAACUUUUGGUAAAGCGUCGUCUUCUUUGGAAAAAGUUGAACAUAGACAGGCAAAAACAAGCCAAGAGGAAAUUAAGUAUUCGACAGGAUUAGAAAAGGACAUAUAUAUAUCAAAAUUUAUCCAAAUGUCUGAAGAAGAAAAUAAUGAAGAAAGUUCAGCAGCAACAGAACAGGAUUUGAAUUCGACUCCUGAAAAUUCAAGUUCUGCAAACAAUGAAGAAGAAACGAGUCUCGAGGAAAAAGAACCUUCAGUUGCAGAAUAUAAGGAUGAGGAAUCUCAGUCGACGGAUUCCAAUAAAAGUAGUGAAGUAAUUAGAGAAAAAGAAGUGGACGAAACCUUAGUCGAAAACGAACAGUCAACUCUAGAAGACCAGACGGAGAGUAUCAAUUCAGUAGAACCUACAGAAGAAAACAAAGACUUAAAUACUGAAGAGUUGGCAGAGAGUCGUGAUGAAAAUGAUUUAUCAACUGUAAGGGAACAAGACACAGCAGUUCAAAAUGGUGAGGAAGAUAUAAUGGAGAAGUUCGAAAAGAAUAAUGCACUUGAAGAAAACCCAUCAACUGCUGAAGGGCCGGAAGAGAGUCUUAAAACAAUUGAGCACGAAGAAGAUAUUAAUGAAAAUACGAAAGCAAUGGCAAAUGAAGAGGAAGGACUUUCUAUUGAAAAAAGUCAGGUGGAAGGUGUAGAGACAACCGAAUCGAAAGAAAAAGAAGAAGCAGAAGAGAACACAAUAAAAGGAGACGAAUCAUUAGAAAAAAGUUCUGAAGCGAUAGAUGUUGAGAAAAAUGGUGAAGAAGAAAUAACGAAAAUGAGAAUAGAAGUAACGUCUCCGGAAGAAGUAUUCGAGUCUAUAGAGUCUUCUAAAUUACAAGAAACUAAUGCCGAAGAGGGAGAAACAGUAGCAGGAGAAGAGGAAAAAAUUGAAAUAGACACAAAGUCAGCCAUAGUAAGUCAAAAUGAAAUUGAAGAAAGCUCUGAAAUAGCACAGCAAGAGAGUGAAGACAUUAUACUGACCACGAUAGAGGGCAAAGAAGAGAGUACCGAUCAAGUAGAAUUCAAAGAGAAAACUUCAAUUGAAGAAGAUUUUAAAGAGACUUUUCAAUUGAAAACCGAAGAGCAAAUUGAAGAAGGAAAUGUGAAUAAUAACGCUGAUAAGGAAAUAAAUGAGAGCACAGACAAUUCCGAGCAGAUCUCUAAAGACAAUGAGACUCUACAAGAAAUAACUGCUGAAGUAGAGAAUACACUGGGGGUUAAAGAAACUGUGGAAUCCAAUAAUACAGAAGAAGAAAGUGGAAAAGUAGAUAAAAAUGAUGACGAAAGUUCAGAGACAGAGAAAUUUCAAAAUGAAUCUAUACCUAAAACUUUACACGCUAAUUUCGUGGCUACAACUAUUGAAAUAGAAAAAGAUCCGCUUGGUCAUACUGGAACACAUUGUGAGUUUUGCGACACUACUUUAACCACUAUUACAAGCUUGGAUAAUGCUGCUUCAGCAAAAUCAAAGGCUAACUCUAAUAUUCACACAACUACAGAAAUUGAAAAAAACGCUAUUGGAUUUAAGACAACUCCUUGCGAGUUUUGUUUUUCCUCCGAAACAAUCGGACCUGAGGCAACAAAAAAAAGCGACUUAGAAUUAGAAGCGACUAAGCAAACCCAAGAAACAGAAGAAGAGACAUCAGAAGAAUCUCAAAAAAUAGAAGUAGAAGUAUCAAAAGAAACUAACCAAACAGAACAAGAGACAUCAGAAAAAACUCAAGAAGCAGAGCAAACGAUAUUAAAAGAAAACAAAGAAAUAGAGGAACAAAAAACAAAUGAAACGGAACAAGUAGAGAAAAAAACGUCAGAAGAAAUUGCAGAAGAAGAUACAUCGGAAGAAAAAGAGAAAGACCGAGAAACGCCAGAACAAACAAAUGAAACAAAGGAAGAAAUAAAGUCUACAGAAGUUAUAGCAACGAAAGAGGAAACGGAACAAGUAGAGAAAAAAACAUCAGAAGAAAUUGCAGAAGAAGAUACAUCGGAAGAAAAAGAGAAAGACCGAGAAACGCCUGAACAAACAAAUGAAACAAAGGAAGAAAUAAAGUCUACAGAAGUUAUAGCAAUGAAAGGAGAACAAACAGAAGAACAUAAGCCCAUUGUUUAUGUAAUAAAUGAUUCAAACUUAGAUAAAAAAUUAAACGAUAUAGCUAUAGAAAAUAUUAUUGGUCACCCGGUUGACGAGAUUGAGUUAAGAUAUAUUGAACUGAAUAAGCCUUCCAAAAAUAUAACCAUAGAUGAAAAUCUUUUUGAACAGUGUAAAGAAAUCGACUUUGAAAAUGGUAAAAAGUGUUUUUGUAAUAUGCAGGCUUACGUUAACCAUUUAACGGAAAAAAUUAAUCAUAAUGAAGUAAUAGAUCCGCAAAAAAGCUACUGCAAUGCAUUUGUCAAGUUUAAAUCCGGAAUAGUUAUUAAACAUUCAAAAAAGGUGAGAAGGAGGAGAGGCUUAAUCCAUAUGGAUGACAUAAGGAAAAAAUUGGAUACAAUUGAACAUGAUGGCAUUGAAGAUUUGUUUGAAAGAAAAUACGCAUUAAAAUUAACGGAAUUCAAUAUAUACUGUUUGCCAACUGAAAAUGUAAGAAUUAGUUGUUUGGGAAAGAAGAACAGUAAUUCAACGAUAAAAGAUUUUUUUUGGAAGUUUUAUCCGUUAUUUUCGACAGAAGGUAAACCGUUAAGCGAUAAAUCUUCGGAAAUAAUAGUUCAUGGGGCGUCAGUAAAAUCUGCUGGAAACUACACUUGUUCUCCCGAGUUUGAUAAGGACUCUCCAGAUAAAGAACAUUGGCAUGAACUUGAACUAAUUUCCUUUCCAGAAUAUGGUAUUAUUUCUAACAUAUUUUAUAAAAUAAACGACUCUUGCGAUUUGCAAACCAACAAUGCUUUAUAUACCUAUUUGCCAAAAUUAAUGAGUUCUGUAUUAUGUGCCUCUGAGAACUUGCUGUGUACUGUUACUAUGGAUGAACCAAAUUGCUUGACGAGAGAAGAUGACAAUUACAUUAAUGUUACUGUAAAAACCAAAUUAUCGGCAGAGUUUGUACUUCAACAGCAAACUGAAUGUGACAUUAACUGUAAAAGGAAUUUAUAUGAAAAUGUUGUAAAUAUGGUUUACAAAAACUCUGAAAUAAUGGAGUUUGUAUCAGUAUUUUCCGAAUUAGCAGAAUUACCAAAUAUAGCAUUUAUUCCUCACAUUACUGGAAAGCAAACCAGUCCUGUUCACAUUAAACCACCAAGAAUUGUAGUGUCUUGUCCCGCAGGCUUUGGAAUUGAAAGUAAAAUGCAACGAAUCUGUGUGCUAUGUCCUCCAGAAACAUAUAGUGCUGAAAAUGAGGUUUUUUGCAAAAGGUGUCUCAGUGGACAAUACCAACCAGAAGCUGGUAGCCAGGCUUGCAUACAGUGUAACUCUCCAGUUGAUGACAAGAUGUGUUUAAGGAUGCUUUAUACGGACACUAACAUAUUUAAGAUAUACGUAGGAAUGGCAUUCGGUCUUAUUAUAUUGCUUAUAAUAGUAAUAAUAAUCUGGACCAAUGAACCAAGAGACGAGGAUAAAAACCACAAGCCAUUCGAAGGUUCACUUAGGCAUAGAGCAAUAGUGGCAAGACAUUCGUAUGAUGUAGAAAAAGGAUUAAAAGAUGAAAUCACAAAAGAACCACGUAAGCCUAUUCCCCCCGAACCGCCACCAGUUGAUUUUUAAAAGCCAGGAUAAGAACUAAUAUUUAUUACUAAUAUAACUUUAGAAGUUUUCUUAUUUAUUUUUUUAGGUGGAUAUUAAUACAAAUAUAUAUAAAUUGGUUAAGUUUA